AUGGCGGAAAAUGACCUGGACGCAAAUUUCAUACCCGCAUUGCAUAAACCUCCCGCGUUGCUGCCUAUUGCCAAGCAUCGACAAAGCCUACUAUACACGAUAGAGACGUAUCCAGUGACCAUAGUCAUUGGCCGAACUGGAUCCGGAAAGACAACGCAGAUUCCCCAGUUUCUGGAACAGGCAGGAUGGUGCAACGAUGGCAAGGCUAUUGGUGUGACGCAGCCGAGACGCGUCGCAGCUACGACAGUUGCCUUGCGCGUCGCAGAUGAAGUCGGGUGCGAGGUCGGCAAAGAGGUCGGAUACUCGAUACGCUUUGAGGAUGUCACGUCCGAAUCGACGCGUAUCAAAUUCCUCACUGACGGCCUCCUCAUUCGCGAAGCGCUGGUUGAUCCGCUGCUAAGCAGAUACUCUGUGAUCAUGGUCGACGAAGCACACGAGCGGUCAAUCAGUACAGACAUCUUACUGGGGCUCCUCAAGAAGAUUCGCAAAAAGCGCCCAGAGCUGCGCGUCAUUAUCAGCAGUGCGACACUAGAGGCGGAGAUGUUUCUCAAAUUUUUCACCUCCAGCAGCAGCGAAACGUUACCAACUAAUACCGACGAAAACGACGCGAGCAAAGUAGCAACAGUGGUUAGCUUAGAGGGUCGCACUUUCCCGAUAGACCUCAUGCAUAUUGAGGCACCGGCUGAAGAUUAUGUCGAAAAGGCCAUAUCGACGGUCGUCGACAUACACAGAGAGGAAGGCGAAGGCGAUAUUCUUGUGUUUCUGACUGGGCGAGAGGAAAUUGAUUUCGCAGCCCAGGCUAUCUCGGAACGCGCCCCAGAACUCGAAGCCAAGUACGGUCCUCUUCAGCCCAUGCCACUCUAUGCUGGUCUGACGACAGAGGAGCAAAUGUACGUAUUUGACAAGCCACCCGAAGGUACAAGAAAAGUGGUGUUUUCUACAAACAUCGCGGAAGCAUCAGUGACCAUCGACGGCAUCGUCUUUGUCGUCGACCCAGGCUACGUCAAGCUACGCGCAUACAACCCCAAGACCGGCAUUGAGUCCCUGACUACUACACCCAUAUCCAAGGCGUCUGCCGCUCAACGCGCGGGUCGUGCUGGGCGAACGAAACCCGGAAAAUGCUUCCGCCUGUAUACGGAGCAAGACUUCAACGGGCUGGCGCAGAGCAACCCCCCCGAAAUUCAGCGAUCGAAUCUUGCCCCAACCAUACUGCAGCUCAAGGCCCUGGGUAUCGACAACAUUGUGCGCUUUGACUUUCUGUCUCCGCCGCCAUCCCAGCUUGUCGGCAAGGCACUCGAGCUCCUGUAUUCGCUCGGCGCGCUGGACGAAUACGCCAAGCUCACGCGACCACUGGGCAUGCGCAUGGCCGAGCUGGCAGUCGAGCCGAUGAUGGCCAAGACGCUCCUGUCGGCGCCGUCGUUUGGCUGCCUGAGCGAGCUGCUCACGAUUGCGGCCAUGACGAGCCUCGGCAGCAGCGUCUGGUUUCACCACGAGGGUGAGCGCAAGCAGAUGGAGAGCGCACGGCGCAAGUUUGCCGCCGAGGAGGGCGACCACCUCACCCUCCUCAACGCGUACCAGGCGUUUGUCACGCGCGGCAAGAAGGAGGCCAAGUUUUGUCACGAGAACCACCUCAACUUCCGAACCAUGACGCGCGCCGUGAGCAUUCGCGCGCAGCUGAAGCGAUACCUGGAGCGGUUUAACAUCGUCGUCGACGAGAGCCUGUCGCAGCAGCAGCAGCAGCAGAAGCAGGAUGACGGCGACCGGGCUGGCAAGGCGGAGGCGAUAUUGAAGUGCCUGACGGCGGGCUACUUUGCGCACGCGGCGCGGAUGCAGGCCGACGGCACUUUUCGCAACGUCAACGGCGGCACGGUGCUCCACGCGCAUCCGAGCUCGCUGCUUUUUGGGCGCAAGGUGGACUGGGUCGUCUUCCACGAGGUCAUGGAGACCAGCGACAAGACGUACAUCCGGGACGUGAGCAAGACAGAGAAGAGCUGGCUGCUGGAGUAUGCACCGGAAUUCUACCAGGUGACGAGUGCACGGAGGGAGUAG